GGUACCUGUACGUGCAUCAAGAGGCCAGACCGGCCGUUGACAGAGAUGAAUCUUCUUGGCACCGGAUACAACGCUGACCCAUGACCUCCACGAGGCUACUCGUGACGUCAUGGUGGUAGGAUGCCCAGCCACACAAAGACAACGUGGGAUCACGGGGUGGUCCCGGCAGUGACGUCAGGUCACGUGGCCGGGGGCGGUGACACGUCACCUGACGAUGGUGAGACCGGGAGCUUGGGUGGUGACACAGGUAUGUUUCAACAGGUGGGUGGUGAGACGCCGUGUUCAUGUCAACAUCUUCAUGGUGACACGGUACUUUCAGCUACGGAGCUGGUUGGUGAUACACUAAAACCACCCCCAAAUGGUGACACCGAGACGCCGUGUGGUGACACAACACGUGUGUCUAUAGACAGGGGUGUCACCGCUACAUGUCCUCACAGCUCGGACAGCUAUAGGACUUUAGGACAUUACCCUCGUAUAGAACACACACCAGAGGACCCUGGUCCUGAUCUCUCUACCCAAACGACCCACGAUACGUCCAACGCCACUGGGUACGCCCAGCGCUACCCUAGCAUCACCAACACACACGUCGACCCCAAGACCACAACCCCAGAAGCCACGCCCACCUCCAGUAAACGCCCUCAGCAGUUUUCUUUCUCCGACGAUGACGUCACCGGAACUCCGAACCAGGCCGAACAGGGCGACAAAACGAACCGGCAUCCGGCGAAAGAGAAAAACCGGAACUGUUGCCGGUACCCAUGGCGCCGGGUCAAACACCGGCAGAUGUACCGGCUAGCAGGGAUGUCGCUUGCCUAUUGUUUAAGCAUCAUGUGUAUUAGUUUGUACAGAGGGAUGUUUUCACAAGACGCGGGGCUGGAGGAUAACAUGGGAGACGACCUUCUUGUAAGAACGAGGCGGCAAGCAGCAGAGGGUGACGCCAACAUCAGCUGUAGUGAAGGCUCCUCUAGCUCAGGCCACAGUAUGCCCGGAGACUUCCUGACCAAAGAACAGGCCGAUAUGGGAGGCUGGCUCAUCCAUCUGUUUAUUGGCUCAUACAUGUUUGCUGCCAUCGCUGGGGUGUGUGAUAUCUAUUUUGUGCCGUCACUAGAGCACAUCUGUGAAGACCUUGACCUACAAGCAGAUGUAGCUGGCGCGACAUUUAUGGCUGCAGCCAGUUCAGCUCCAGAAUUUUGUACGUCUGUUAUAGGUGUUUUUCUCGCCCAAAAUGACGUAGGACUCGGUGCCAUUGUUGGCUCCUCUAUAUUUAACUUACUGGUCAUCAUUGGAUGCAGUGCCAUCUUCGCUGGAAUGCCAGUUCAAUUGACCUGGUAUCCACUGACCCGUGACACGAUCUUUUAUUUUAUCUCCAUCGUCCUGAUGGCUGUGUUCAUGAACGACAGCUUGAUCGUGUGGUGGGAGGCCCUGGUCAUGAUCAUAGCAUACAUCGCCUACAUAGGCGUCAUGUUCGUCAACCAGCGACUGGAAAAGUGGGCCAUUGCCAGGCUAAAACGGGCCAGGGCCAAGCCGGUGGUCUUAGGGACCAAUCAAUUUCUCGUGGAUGAAAAAGAUGAUUUAGCAAGCAACAACCGCUUGGUGAUGAUGGAAGCAAGACGACACAGCCGCAUUGCUGGCACCAUCAAACCGUUGAUGGAACUUGAGACCCCACUGACAAAGUCUGGCAUGCGAGAGGUGGAGAAGAUGGGCAUGUCUAAUAACGAGGUGAUCACCCGCAUCAGACAGUCUAUCGGGGGCUCCUUGUACCAGGAGAGUAGCCAGGGCAGCCAGAAGAUGGAGAAGCUAGACUUGCCCAAGGUCAAGGUUGUGAAGGUUCCCUCGGAGAAACCGGAUGAAUCUGAUGGUACCAGCAUUGACAAGAAAGAGAUGUCGGAAGAGCACUUAGAGACGUUGGUCGUUCAGGAUCAGGAGCAAGAGGUGGCUAAUGAAGAGGAAGACGAUAGAAAAGAUAAAAGUGUAGUUCAGGAGGGCUCCGGAUCCGCACCGGGUAGUGUUCAAGAGGCUAUCGAUAAAAAGUAUAUGAAAGUCGAAGUCAGCGCUUAUGAGAACCCUCUGGAAUUUCCGGCAUCGUUUAUGGGGCGGUGCUACUACAUUUUCAUACUUCCGGUGACGCUGCUUCACGUCUAUACGAUUCCAGACAGUCGGCUGGUGGAUACGUGGCAGGGCAAGCUGUAUUUGAUAUCCUUCAUGAUGUCCGUUGUAUACAUUGCUCUGUACAGCUACAUCAUGGUUUGGAUGAUUUCAUUAGCAGGUAGUGUCUGGAAGAUUCCAGAAACAAUCACUGGUCUGACUGUUUUAGCUGCAGGAACUAGUGUUCCAGAUUUGUUGUCCAGUGUCUUUGUUGCCAGAGAUGGUUACGGCGAUAUGGCAGUCUCUAACGCUAUAGGGAGUAAUGUAUUUGACAUUUUACUGUGCCUUGGCGUGCCUUGGUUAAUCGACGCAGCAGCAUUUAACAAAGGCGGUACGCCUAUCAGUAGUGACGGCAUGGUCUACGCAACCUUGACCCUAUUUCUGACCAUCGCCUACCUGUGGAUGUCCAUGCAAUGUGUCAACUGGACCUUGACCCCUAUUUACGGGGUCAUCACCCUUAUCGUCUACUUUGUGAUAAUCACCUUCGUCAUUCUCAUCGAGAUGAACGUCUUAUUUCAAAUCCACUCAGAAAAGAAGUGUUGAACCCGCCCUGACCCCUGUGUUACCCCCUGUACUGACCCCCCAUGUUUGUGUUUGUCUGUUAAGUUUGUUGAGAAAAUUAAAAAAAUUAC